AUGAGCUACUGGAACUUGGAGAAAAGAAACUGUGUGCAGUACCGCAGGCAUUUUCUGGUGGACAACAGUGUAUUUCAUGUUGAAAGAUGCAUGAGUGUGAUGCAGUCCGGGACACAGAUGAUCAAAUUGAAACGUGGGAGCAAAGGGCUAGUCCGGCUCUUCUACCUGGAUGAGCAUCGGACCCGCCUCCGAUGGAGACCCUCGAGGAAGAGUGAGAAGGCAAAAAUACUUAUCGACUCCAUUUACAAAGUCACCGAAGGUCGGCAGUCUGAAAUAUUCCACAGACAAGCGGAGGGCCACUUUGACCCCAGCUGCUGCUUCACCAUCUACCAUGGCAACCACAUGGAGUCUCUGGACCUCAUCACCUCCAACCCUGAGGAGGCCCGCACCUGGAUCACAGGCCUCAAGUACCUGAUGGCCGGCAUCAGUGAUGAAGAUUCCCUUGCCAAGAGGCAGAGAACCCAUGACCAGUGGGUGAAGCAGACCUUUGAGGAAGCUGAUAAGAAUGGUGACGGCUUACUGAAUAUUGAAGAGAUACACCAACUGAUGCACAAACUAAAUGUCAAUCUUCCCCGAAGAAAAGUCAGACAAAUGUUUCAGGAAGCUGAUACAGAUGAGAAUCAAGGAACUCUGACAUUUGAAGAAUUCUGUGUUUUCUACAAAAUGAUGUCACUGAGACGGGACCUUUAUUUGCUGCUGUUGAGCUACAGUGACAAGAAAGAUCACCUAACUGUGGACGAGCUGGUGCAGUUUUUGAAGGUGGAACAAAAGAUGAGUAAUGUGACAACAGAAUAUUGUCUUGACAUCGUAAGAAAAUUUGAAGUUUCAGAAGAAAAUAAGGCAAAAAAUGUUCUUGGCAUAGAAGGGUUCACGAACUUCAUGCGUAGUCCUGCUUGUGACAUAUUUAACCCGCUGCACCAGGAAGUGUACCAGGACAUGGAUCAGCCCUUGUGCAACUACUACAUCGCCUCGUCUCACAACACAUACCUGACCGGGGACCAGCUCCUUUCCCAGUCCAAAGUGGACAUGUAUGCCCGGGUGCUCCAGGAAGGCUGUCGCUGCGUGGAAGUUGACUGUUGGGAUGGCCCAGAUGGAGAGCCAGUGGUCCACCACGGUUAUACUCUGACUUCAAAAAUUCUCUUCAGAGACGUUGUGGAGACCAUCAACAAGCACGCCUUUGUGAAGAACGAGUUCCCAGUUAUACUGUCCAUUGAGAAUCACUGCAGUGUCCAGCAGCAGAGGAAGAUUGCUCAGUACCUGAAAGGAAUAUUUGGAGACAAACUGGACCUGUCAUCUGUAGACACAGGAGAGACCAAACAGCUCCCAAGCCCUCAAAGUUUGAAAGGCAAAAUCCUAGUGAAGGGCAAGAAGUUGCCUUAUCAUCUUGGGGAUGAUGCAGAGGAGGGGGAAGUUUCUGACGAAGACAGCGCAGAUGAAAUCGAAGAUGAGUGCAAGUUCAAGCUCCAUUACAAUAAUGGGACCACUGAGCAUCAGGUGGAAUCUUUCAUAAGGAAAAAACUGGAGUCAUUGUUAAAAGAAUCUCAAAUUCGAGACAAAGAAGAUCCGGAUAGUUUCACAGUGAGGGCUCUACUAAAGGCCACACAUGAAGGCUUAAAUGCACACCUGAAACAGCAUCCAGAUGUGAAGGAAAAUGGAAAGAAAUCACAUGGACGAUCCCUCAUGACCAACUUUGGAAAACAUAAGAAAACCACAAAAUCACGGUCUAAGUCGUAUAGUACUGAUGACGAGGAGGACACACAGCAGAAUCCUGGCAAGGAGACCAGCCAGCUGUACAGGUUGGGUCGCCGCAGGAAAACCAUGAAGCUCUGCCGAGAGCUCUCUGACUUGGUGGUGUAUACAAACUCUGUGGCGGCCCAGGACAUCGUGGACGAUGGAACCACAGGAAACGUGUUGUCAUUCAGUGAAACAAGAGCACAUCAGGUGGUUCAGCAGAAGUCGGAGCAGUUCAUGAUUUAUAACCAAAAGCAGCUCACAAGGAUUUACCCCUCCGCCUACCGCAUUGAUUCCAGUAACUUCAACCCUCUGCCCUACUGGAACGCGGGUUGCCAGCUAGUGGCACUGAACUACCAGUCUGAAGGGCGAAUGAUGCAAUUAAAUCGAGCCAAGUUCAAGACAAAUGGCAAUUGUGGCUACGUCCUCAAACCCCAGCAAAUGUGCAAAGGUACUUUCAACCCUUUUUCUGGUGACCCACUUCCUGCCAACCCCAAAAAGCAGCUCAUCCUGAAAGUAAUCAGUGGACAGCAACUCCCCAAACCUCCAGACUCCAUGUUUGGAGACCGAGGCGAGAUCAUUGAUCCUUUUGUUGAAGUUGAAAUUAUUGGAUUGCCGGUAGACUGUUGUAAAGAUCAAACUCGUGUAGUAGACGACAAUGGAUUUAACCCCGUGUGGGAAGAAACCCUGACAUUUACAGUACAUAUGCCAGACAUAGCUUUGGUUCGGUUCCUGGUGUGGGAUCAUGAUCCAAUUGGACGAGACUUCGUUGGACAAAGAACCGUGACCUUCAGCAGCUUAGUGCCUGGCUACCGGCAUGUCUAUCUGGAAGGACUGACAGAAGCAUCUAUAUUUGUCCACAUAACAAUCAAUGAAAUCUAUGGAAAGAACAGACAGCUCCAAGGUCUGAAGGGAUUGUUCAAUAAGAAUCCCAGGCACAGUUCUUCGGAAAACAAUUCCCAUUACGUUCGGAAACGAUCCAUUGGAGACAGGAUUUUGCGACGCACAGCCAGUGCUCCGGCCAAAGGCAGAAAAAAGAGCAAAAUGGGCUUCCAGGAAAUGGUAGAGAUUAAGGAUUCUGUGUCGGAGGCUUCAAGAGAUCAAGAUGGUGUCCUGAGGAGGACCACACGGAGUUUGCAAGAGCGCCCUGUCUCUUUGCCUGUUGACAAAAGUCUUCUGGGGGCUUUGUCACUGCCUAUAUCUGCAACAGCAAAAGACACUGAAGGAAAAGAACACUCCCUGGCAGAUGAUAAGGAUGGAAGAAGAAAAGGGAAGGCAAGUAUAAAAGACCAACAUUUGCCAAAUUUCAACAAAAAGUUAUCCUCUUCCUCUAGCGCCCUCCUCCACAAAGACAUCAGCCAGGGGGACUCCACCAUUUCUGUUGCCAACAGGCCAAUCACAGGAGAACAGUUGGGAGUGGCAGGUCCCAAGGGUGGGAGAACCAAAGCAAAUGUGUCAGGUGAUGGCCAGGAACAGGAGUGCCCCAGCAGAUUCCUUUCCCCAAGGCAGCAUUUGGCUCUUGAUCCUACAGUUACCCUAAUACAAGGUCCAUGUGGUGUGAAAACCAAGGCAAAUGGGAAUGCUGGGGGCUUUGCCGAGGAAAAAAGUACAUUGUCAGGGAACAUUUUUUCUCAAAGCAGCCUGGAGAUUAAGAAUUUGGAAGGGAAUUGGAUUAUGGGCCGAACUGCAACAUCCUUUUCUUUGUCAGACGUCUCUGUGCUCUGUUCUGGCAUACCUGACUCGCAUUCUACUGCCAUUCUGCAGGAGAGUGAAAUUUCCCAUCUUAUUGACAAUGUGACGUUAACCAAUGAGAAUGAGCCAGGCAGUUCUAUCUCAGCACUGAUUGGCCAGUUUGAGGAGACCAGUGAUCAGGCAAACGUCACAGUUGUUUCUCAGCCCCCUAGCACCAGUGUCAGGUCAAGUCAUCCUUCCUUGCCCACCUUGGAGCAAAAGAUGCCCUUCAGGCACGACUUUUCCAUGGGAAAAUCCAAAUCAUCCUUCCUGUGCUCGUCUCCUGCCCCGAUUGCCUUCUCAAGUCCCGAGACCUCCAAACACUCAACACACACGGUCUGUGAAACUACGUGCACUCCUGUCUCCAAAGCCAAGCCAGAUGACAUCCUUCCUGGUCAGGCCAAGACAGCGGCUGUGGAAAACGACCUGCCUGGGUCUUACGCUUCUCACUGCUGGUUACCAAAAAGUCCCACCAAUGGCAAAGAGUGGGAAACACUAAAGAACCACAGCCCCGCCACUUCCACCGACUUGGCACUGGGAGAGGUCAUAGCGGAAACCACUCUCUCUUUAAAUUCUGGAGAGAGCAGUCUCGUGGAAGUGGACGGAGACUCAGAAAACCUGUCCAUAACAACCUAUGAAUAUAGAAGAGAGGACGCAAGUCACUCUGCUUCUCCCUUAAAACCACAGUACGGCCAGGACGUGGUGGAACAUUUUCAAAAAGGUUUGAGAAAUGGCUACCGUAAAGAGACUUUUCCCCCUUCUGUCUCUGAAAUACUCAACAAUAUUCAAGAUGUCAAAAAUCAAAGUAUUUCUUGUCUAGCCUACCCGGGUGCUGGUUUUCUGCACAACAACUGUUCAAAUUUAGACGCAAAAGUGAACCAGACCUGUGGGCCCCUGUCCAGUGAUGAAGGCAUGCACGCCCCUGUACCCACGCAGCCCACACAUCCCCCUCUGCCUUCUCUGAAGCUGCCCAGCCCUUGCAAAUCCAAAAGUCUGGGGGACUUAACAUCAGAGGACAUCGCCUGCAACUUUGAAAGCAAGUACCAGUGCAUUAGUAAGAGUUUUGUUACAACCGGCAUUAGAGACAAGAAGGGCGUGGCUGCGAAGACAAAGUCAUUAGAGCCCAUAGACGCCCUGACCGAGCAGCUGCGGAAGCUUGUGUCUUUCGACCAGGAAGAGGGCUGUCAGGUGCUCUAUUCCAAGCCAGAUGCCAGUCAUUUCCCCAGGGCACUGGUCCGAAAGUUGUCAUCCAGAAGCCAGAGCAGAGUGCGCAACAUUGCCAGCCGUGCCAAGGAAAAACAGGAAGCCAACAAGCAAAAAGGCAUCAACCCCAGCCACGCAGGAGGAGUGGUUCUGCGAAACAAACCCUCGGCACCCCUGCCUGCUGGCAACCGGCACUCCACCGGCUCGUACAUCGCUGGCUACCUGCGGAGCAGCAAAGCGGGCGGCUUGGAAGGCCGCGGCAUCCCAGAAGGGGCGUGUGCCGCCUUGCGCCCCAGCUACGGCGACCCGUUUUGCUCAGAUCAUUCCAUUCUGCAGACCGAGCCCAACAGUGAAGAUAAACCAGAAAUUUAUUUUCUCUUGAGACUGUGAAUUACAUCAAGCUGCAUUUUCAAUGUUUACAAAGUGUUCUGUAGAAUUGUCAGAGUUUUCAGUAAACAUGGUCUUGGCUUUGAAAUGAUUUUAAAAAUGUAUUUUUAAACUUGUAUUUUGGUCUCCCUUUGACUCCCCGUGUUCUUCCUGUUUCUGCAUUUGUAUAUAGAUCGGGGUGACAUUUCCCUCUGCGUAUGAUCUUUCUCCCCUGAAGUGUAAACGCUCUUCGUAUGAAAUAUGUGCAUGCUUUGGUUGUGAAACUUAGCAGCAGCUUGGGUUCUGAUGUCUGUCUCUUUCUCCGCCACGCUCUCUACUCUGCCCUCAGAUCACAGUCACAAAUGUACUCGGUUUUACUCUAUCAUUGUUGAGGUCAUUAAGAAACUUCGCAAAGGACAAAGGGACAAAUUCUUUAUUUUAAAGCCGUUAUCAUCAUUCUUAGUUUUCCUUCUUCCUUGAGAAGCCCAGAUGCAUUUUUAUAACUCAGUCAAAAGAAGAUUAAAAUAGUUACCCUGCGUUUUAAGAUUUCCCUACCCUGUGCAGAAUGAGUUAAGAGGAGAUUGGUAGCCGUUCCCCCCCACCCCACACCCUCUCAUUUUAGAGUAGGCUAAGAGGGUAUGAGGAUAAAGCAAACUUCUGUAUAUAAGGACAAAAUUGUUUGUUUUACAUAAAUUUUGUUACAUAUUUUUGCUAAUGGCUUUGUAUGUAACAAGAACACAGUUGCCAAGC